AUGGUGGACGUGGCUGCACUACAGGAGAUCAGAUGGAAGGGAGAGGGUACAAGGUUUAAGGGAGCUAAAGGUGAAAGGUAUAAGUUGUGGUGGAAGAGGGAUGAUGGUACGGGAGGAGUUGGUGUGAUGGUAAGAGAAGAGUUGGUGGAGGAAAUGUUGGAAGUGAGGCGGAAAAGCAAUGGUGAAAUUGUGGUGGUGAUGGUGUUUGGAAAGACGGAUUUGAAAGUGUACAUGGGGGAUGGGGAUAUGGUAUACGAAAUGAGGAAGGGCGUAGAGUGUUGGAGUUGGCGGAUGCACAUAGCAUCCGCCAACAUACCUGGUUUACAAGGGAAUCAGCACGAUUAA